AUGUCUACAGCAUCUCUUCCCAUGAAGCACAAAGGUCUCGUAGUUAGCAAGAGUGUUCCAAAACUGUUUAACACUAUUACAGGAGACGCUGGGCUUACACAGGCAUCAAAAGCGCAACCGGACGACAUUUACGUUCUCAAAGACACCGGCUCCGACACCGUAAUCGAGGACAAGUAUGAGCCGAGUGUUCGAUUGAUGGACCGGAAGGUAGAAGAUAAACUUGCCCAUCGUCCAAGAAAUGGCUAUAGCCAGAGACCUUUAGCUGGCCCCUUUCGCACGCGUUUCCAAAAGCCCAUGUGGAACGUGACCAUCGGCUUCGCCCGUCAUAUGGAGGAGCAGGGUCACGAUAUCGAGGCACUGCCGUUGCAGCAGCGGCUAACCAUUCAAGAGUUGCUUGCAGCCGAUCGGCAGCUCGAAGAGAAGGAGGCCAUCGAAGCUGCAGAAGCUGCUGCAGCCAAGCUCCCAAAAGCUCGACCACAGGCUGGAGAAGUGUUCCCUGGCAUAAUCCCUCCGAAGAAGAGACCUCUACACUGGGGUCGCAAAGAGCACUUCCUCGGCAUGAAGAAUCACUUCAAUAGUCUCCAAUUCCGGCGAGCGUUGUAUGAGGAUGGUGUUGAUGAUGUUGAAGGUCUCAAAAGCAUGAGCACCGAUGCACUUGUGAGGAUGUGGAUGCACCGCCGGGAUCAGCUACAUUCAACCCGAGGAAGUUUCCAGGAUAGCGGUACUGAAGAGGCCCGUGAAGGGGUCUCUGAUGUUAUUGCUGGAGAGAGCGAGAACCCGCUUGAGGCGACUACAGCUGAAGAGCCCGCCCAUGGACCCAUUAGCAUGGCUGCAUUGUACUCAUUCCAGGAACCCCAAGUUUCUUUCGAAUUCGCCAACGCAGGAUUUCCAACAUUGCCUUCUGCUCUGACUCUUGGUAACAAGAUCCCAACAGCCAACACCAGCAACCCUACAUCGCUCGUGACUGGUCCAGGUCUCGACCAAGUUGAAAAACCUUCUAGGCAUGACACUGUCUUGAAUGCGAACGGAGCCCCAAUAGCGCUGCUCACUACUGACACCACAGCCAUGGGUCAAGUUGUGCGUGCCAAGCAUGGCCGGGGCCGCAGGAAGAACAACGAACCUGAUCCCGAGAAAGUUCGCCGCGAAGCUAUUGCUGCUCGGGUAGGCCGUUACCCUUUAUCGAUACCUGGAAAUAAUAAGGGUGAACCUCUUUCGAUGAGCCUCAAGAUGUCUGCUUUCACGAUCAAGCAAAAGUACAAUAUCAACAUGACGAAACAACUCCUGGAGGAUUACGGUAUUCUUCCAACUGAUCCGAACGACUUGUCUCCACAUGAAAAGCUUGCCGGACAUUUAGUCAAGGAACGGGAAAGCCUUAUCAAGAGUGGAGCUCAGCUUCAGGAGCCGUGGACACACGAUCGUCUCCAAGCAUAUGUUGCGGCUCAGGAAGCAAAGGAAGCUACCGGUCCAGCCACUCUUAUGUCUGAAACUGAUCAGCCGAAUGUCCAGGUAUCGCUGCAUCCAUCAUCGAAGAAACUAGAGAGCAUGACUAGAUCUAAGAAGGUUCCUUCUGCUACGUCUGGCAUGAGCAUUGCCAAGACCAAGCGCGUCCGGGAUGAAGAUCUGCAGAACGGUGGAAUCCAGGCACUAUCCCAGAAGCGGCUGCGAAAUGGUGCGAAGAUGAAGAAGGGCGCCCAAGUCACUAAACAGGAACCGAUUAUGCCAUCAGUAUAUGUAGCGACAGAGUAUGGUGCGGCCUUCCAACCGCAUCCUGCCGCAAACGAAUUAGAUGGAUCAGCCUUGUUCUCGCACCCGUACGCGUCUCCUGCUUCUCACAUCCACCAUCAGCUCGAUCAAGCGAAUUUAAACCACCAGUUUCAGGGGUUCCAAAACGACACUAUUCGGUCGCCUCAAUGGUCAAGUGUCGGACAGCGGGUUCAUGGGCAGGAAUCCUCUUACCAGGACGAUUCUACCUGCAACAGCUUGCAUCAGAAUGAGUACCUGUCAAGCUCACAAGUCCCUACCUCGGCCUACACGAUUCCGAUGCCUGGUGUAACCAACGACACUACGCAGCUAUCUAUCCCUGGCAUCCCCAUUGAUCCGGAUCUUCUUGAUUUGUAG